UUUUUUUUUUUUUUUGAACUGUAUCUUAUUUUUCUCGAGUUUUAGCAACAUGGUGCCUGGCUUGAAUGAAGAUAUUAUUACCGAGAUUCCUGUCAUAGAUCUUAAUGACAUGAAUAGUGAUUUGGAAGGAACCGCCUCCAAGGUUCUCUCAGCAGCAAAAGAUGUUGGUUUUUUCUUUAUACGUAUCCCUCCAGAACAGAAGGAACAUUUGGCUAUGUUUGAGAAAAGUCAAGAGUUCUUUUCUAUGCCUAUGGACCAUAAAUUGAAGUAUUUGCUCAAAGUCGAAGAAAACGUUGGUUACAGUGCCAUGCGUCAAGAAAAGGUGGAUCCUAAGCAUAGUACCAAAGGAGAUUUUAAAGAAUCUUUUAAUAUUGGGCGUUUGAUCAAUGAGGAUCCUAUUCAAGACUUGCCUCCACUGUUUGCCAACAACUUGGAUUUGAUCCGAAAGUUCCAAAACAUCUGUAAUACAACUGUAUGUAAUAUCAUGGAAUGUUUGGCCAUUGCUCUCAAGAUUCCUGAAGAUCAAGGUGGAAGAACAUACUUUUCCAAAAGGUACUUGGAUGAUGAAGCACCUGGCGAUAUUUUAAGAGUGCUGCAUUAUCCACCCAGAACUGGAAACGACGAUGAUCAAAAAGAAGAAAUACGUAUUGGAAGACAUUCUGAUUAUGGACUGCUCACACUUUUAUGGCAACGACAAGUAGGAGGGCUCCAAAUCCAAGGCAAUCAAGAAAUGGAUGAUCCCAAGAAAAUGACAUGGAUAGACGUACCUGUGAAAGACGAUUGUAUUAUAGUCAACUUGGCGGAUUGUCUUCAAUAUUGGACGAAUGGUUUAAUUCGCUCCACUACACACCGUGUUGUUUUUCAUCCUGAUACUCUGCAUAAAUCUCGAUAUAGCAUGGCGUACUUUGUCCAAGGUGGUGCAAUCCCGUUAGAUCCUGUGCCUAGUGACCAAAUCCCUUGUACUCCUCCUACUUCUCCCCCUUUCAGUACAUCUGGCGACUAUGUCAAGUAUCGACUCGCUUUGACCUAUGGCCACUCUUAUUAGUUCUUUCUUUUACUUUGAAAAUAAAAAUGAUACCA